UGAAUCAGGGCUGGAGUCACUGCUGUAUAAUAUAGAAAACUAUGCAGAUUGAAACUCAGGGGAGCUGCUGUGUGAAUCAGUGCUGGAGUCAUUGCUGUAUAAUAUAGAAAACUAUGCAGAUUGAAACUCAGGGGAGCUGCUGUGUGAAUCAGGGCUGGAGUCACUGCUGUAUAAUAUAGAAAACUAUGCAGAUUGAAACUCAGGGGAGCUGCUGUGUGAAUCAGGACUGGAGUCACUGCUGUAUAAUAUAGAAAACUAUGCAGAUUGAAACUCAGGGGAGCUGCUGUGUGAAUCAGGGCUGGAGUCACUGCUGUAUAAUAUAGAAAACCAAUGAUGGUCAAUGCAGUAUAAGCAGUCUCAAUGCUCUCCUGUGUAAGCAGGCUCCUGGUCUCUCUGUCCCUGAUCCAGGGUAUUGGAGCGCAGGCAGGACAAUGUGGAGACCCUGGAGCUCUCGGAGGAGGGGCGUCCAGUGGAGACGAAGGCUCGGGAGCUCCCUGUGGUGGACUGCACGUGCUGCGGGCUCCCUCGCCGUUACAUCAUCGCCAUCCUCUGCGGGAUAGGAUUCUGCAUCUCCUUCGGGAUUCGCUGCAACCUGGGCGUGGCCAUCGUGAGCAUGGUGAACAACAACACUGUGUAUGAGGGGGACAAGGUUCGAGUGGAGAAAGCUCAGUUCUCGUGGGACCCCGAGACUGUGGGAAUGAUCCACGGCUCGUUUUUUUGGGGGUACAUUGUCACCCAGAUCCCGGGGGGGUUCAUCUCGCAGAAAUUCGCAGCCAACCGGGCGUUUGGUUUUGCUAUUGUUGCCACCUCUAUUCUCAAUAUGCUCAUCCCCUCUGCAGCCAGAGUCCAUUACGGCUGUGUGAUCUGUGUGCGGAUACUGCAGGGACUAGUGGAGGGUGUGACCUACCCAGCAUGCCACGGGAUCUGGAGCAAGUGGGCUCCGCCCCUCGAGAGGAGCCGAUUGGCCACCACAGCGUUCUGUGGCUCCUAUGCCGGGGCUGUCAUUGCCAUGCCACUGGCAGGGAUACUGGUGCAGUACUCCGGGUGGUCGUCAGUGUUCUACGUGUACGGCAGUUUCGGCGUCUGUUGGUUUUGUUUUUGGAUCCUGGUCUCCUAUGAGAGUCCGGCCGCUCACCCGACCAUCUCGGAGGAGGAAAGGCGCUAUAUAGAGGAGAGCAUCGGAGAGAGCUGCAAGCUGAUGAACCCGCUGCAGAAGUUUAAGACUCCCUGGAAGAAGUUCUUCACCUCCAUGCCAGUCUACGCCAUCAUCGUAGCGAAUUUCUGUCGCAGCUGGACGUUCUACCUGCUCCUGAUCAGCCAGCCAGCGUACUUCGAGGAAGUGUUCGGGUUCGAGAUCAGCAAGGUGGGGAUGGUCUCCGCGCUCCCUCACCUCGUCAUGACGAUCGUGGUUCCGAUCGGAGGUCAGAUCGCCGAUUUCUUGAGGACGAAGCACAUCAUGUCCACCACCAACGUGAGGAAGAUGAUGAACUGCGGAGGGUUUGGGAUGGAGGCCACUCUUCUGCUCGUGGUCGGGUUCAGUCACACGAAGGGCGUGGCGAUCUCCUUCCUGGUACUUGCCGUCGGAUUCAGCGGUUUCGCAAUCUCAGGUUUCAAUGUGAAUCACUUGGACAUCGCUCCGCGCUACGCCAGCAUCCUCAUGGGAAUCUCCAAUGGAGUCGGGACUCUGUCAGGGAUGGUGUGUCCUUUAAUAGUGGGAGCGAUGACCAAGCACAAGACCCGGGAGGAGUGGCAGUAUGUGUUUCUCAUCGCCGCUCUCGUUCACUACGGAGGGGUGAUAUUCUACGGGAUCUUUGCUUCGGGGGAGAAGCAGGACUGGGCGGAACCCGAAGAGACCAGCGAUGAGAAGUGCGGCUUCAUCCACGAAGACGAGCUCGCCGAGGAGACAGAGGACCUGCACCUCUCCUCGCUGGCCACCGGAGGGGGCUACGGGGCCACCAGCACCAACCCGGCCCUUGCCAACAAUGGGGGCUGGGCCGCGGACUGGGAGAAGAAGGAGGAGUUCAUCCAGGAGCCGGGAAAGGACCGCUAUCUGUACGGAGGAGCCGAGGAGAGAGACUUGCAAUGAGGGGCCGUCUAAACAUCCCACUGCUGACACCAACACACUGUCUCUCUGUUCACUAUCAAAUCAGCUGAACCCCUCCCUCCACCACUGAGCAUCUAUCCACAGGGACCGGAAUGAGACUCCCGCUGCACAGCAGUGUGAUCCAGUCCUGGUUUCACUGGGAGUUUAAUAAUCAGACGCACCUGAGCUUGUUAGUUAGACACACUGGGGGCUGAUCAAGCUGGUAGUAAAACCUGGACUGGAUCACACUGCUGUGCAAUAGGAGUCUGAUUCCCAGCCCUGUGGAUCUCUGUAUUGACACUAAGAUCUCUGGGGUAAUAUAAUAUUGUAGGGGAGGGGGAGGAGGGGGUGGGGGUUAAUUAGGGUAAUUAAAUAAAUAAGUUCUAAAAUCCAUUCUCUCACCUCUUAUUAGCUUUAGUAAUAGGAUCACUGGCCCCUCCCUUUAAAGGAGCGCUGACCAUCUUUAAAAUCCAUUCUCUCACCUCUUAUUAGCUUUAUUAACAGGAUCACUGGCCCCUCC